UCUCUAUAAAGCAACAUUUGGACUGAGAAAUCAAAUUUUGCUACAAAACCAAUUAGAAAAUAGAUAACAAUUACAUCCACCAUGUUUACAGAUCAAAAUAUCUAUCACUACAGUCUCCUCUCUCUCUUCGUCAUCGCCCCACCCACCUUCCUAGCCUUGCAAUUCCUCACCGCCCCUUAUGGAAAACACCACCGGUCCGGUUGGGGUCCCACAAUUUCACCACCGUUAGCUUGGUUCUUAAUGGAGAGUCCAACACUUUGGCUCACGCUUCUCCUCUUUCCCUUUGGGCAAAAUCACAACAACCCAUUAUCAUUUAUCCUCAUUUCUCCUUACCUUUUUCAUUACAUCAAUCGUACCAUCAUUUACCCAAUUAAGCUCGCCGGAAAAUCAAGAAUUGCUCGCCGGGAAAUCAAGAAUCCCCCGCCGGAAAGUGGCUUUCCGGUGAGUAUCGCGAUGAUGGCUUUUGCGUUUAAUCUCUUGAAUGCUUAUGUACAAGCUAGAUGGGUUUCUCAUUAUGCUGACUUUAAUGCUGAUGAGUGGUUUUGGCUUCGGUUUGCCGGCGGGAUAGUGGUUUUCACCGCCGGUAUGACGUUAAACGUUUGGGCUGAUAAAGUGUUAGUGGGCCUGAAGGGUGAAGGGGGUGGAUAUAAGAUACCAAAAGGUGGGCUUUUUGAAUAUGUGAGCUGUCCAAAUUAUUUGGGGGAGAUAGUGGAGUGGUUGGGCUGGGCUUUGAUGACCUGGUCUUGGGCUGGGUUUGGGUUUUUUCUGUAUACAUUUGCUAAUUUGGUUCCUAGAGCUUGUGCUAAUCAUGAAUGGUAUUUGCAGAAAUUUGGAGAAGAUUAUCCUAGGAAAAGAAAAGCUGUUAUUCCAUUUUUAUAUUAAGUUUUUUAAGAAGUGAUUGUGAUCAUGCAAUGUUAAUGGUUUCUAUUAAUGUUAUUGUUAUUUAUGGACUGUAUUUGGCUUUACCUUGAUAUUA